UGUCAAAAAUUGAGGUUGCUUAUUUUGCGUUAUUAAUAUUUUGUAUUUUGUUGUUUUCUGUUUUCUGUUUUAUUUUCAACAGUUUCAAUAAUUGAAUUGCCUUAAUAUAACAGUAUUCUAAAACAGUAAAAGUAUUCUUUGCUAAUUCCGCAGUUCAUUUACAAAACUGCGAAAUUAAAAUUCAUAAAUAAUAACACUAAAUUGUUGAAUACAGGCGGAAUUAAAAAUGCCCUUCAAAAAAGGAAAAAAUGUUAAACAAACAAAAAUUACUGAUACAAUGGGAAUUGAGACCAAAAAAGCACAGGCUAGUCCUAAACUAAAGCAGGAUAUAAAUUUGCAAGAAAACGUUACCGAUAAAAAGAUAUUAGAAGAAAAGAUCCUGGGACUAAAGAGUAUUAUAUCAAAUUUUGAUGCUAACAACAAAGAAACAAAUGAAAAAGUGCGCAACCUUCCAGUCAGUUUUGAAACGUUUAAAAGGUUAACUUUUCACAAUGAUGUUAUUGCUAACAUUUGCCAAAGCAUAAAGGAGUUGGAGUAUGAGUUGCCAAUUUCAAAUAUAUCAAAAGAAGAAUUAUUUGAUAAUAAUAAAUUACUUCGGAGUUACUACAAAACAUUUUACAUGCAAACGGUUAUUCGGACAAUAUUUCCAUUGAAAAUAAAACCAUGUCCAGGACGUUUUAAGGACAAACUUUUGAAAUAUCCAGAAAUUACGUCAGAUCAUGAAGGUAAAUAAAAAUAUUUUAACCCUAUUGCAACUAAUUCUCGAUUUAGAGUUUCGUUCCAAACGCGUCCUGAUUGCUUGAGACCAUAUAUUGAACGUAGAAGUUUACAUACCUUGCCUGAGCUAUCGUUAAAACCCUUCGGCUGUUUCAUGUAUAUUUCUUCAUCGAGAAUUCCAUUCAAAUAUGCUGUAACAGCAUCCAUUUGGUGUAUAAUCAAAUCAUUUUUGGCGGCGAGCGCUAAUAGAAACCUUAUUGAUUCAUAUCUUACCACCGGAGCAAAUGUUUCUGUGUACUCAAUGCCUUCUAUUUGUCCGAAACC